AGCGCGCGGGGCGGCCCGCGGCGCCGCCGCGCGCCGCCGCCGCGGCCGCGGGGGCGAUGCCGCGGCCGCGGGGGCAGCAGCCGCCCGGCGCGGGGCAGACGCUGCCCUCCGACUACUGGAGGGACGCUGUCCAGAGGGAGACCCUGAUCCGGCAGCGCCACGGUCUCUUCCUGGACAGCCGCACCGCCGACGACUCGUGGUACGGCGUGCCCGACUCGUUCCGCGUGUCGGCCUCGCCCAUCGGCAUGGGGCUCAUGGUGCGCGGCCUGUGCGGCCCCAGCGAGCAUCGAAGAGCAGCGGCACGCUCCCGCGGGCCACCAGCGCGCCCAGCGGCCUGCAGGCCUCGGCCUCGAGCCCGGCGCUGCUGCGGCAGCAGCCCGAGAAGCUGCGCCCCGAGGCCAUGCGGGACAUCAUGCCGAGCAUUCGGCCGGCAGAAACUACGCCGAGUUCAACAUGAUCUGGCUGCCGCGGUCGCAGCCGCCGCAGGAAGCACGCCGUGCGCGCGGCAGGGGCGGGUGGUGACGCGCUCUUUCUCUCUGGCGCUGCGGCUGUCGACCGAGCUGGAGAGUCGGACUCGGCGUGCGCACUGUGAGCGGCGGAGCUCAGGGGCACCGUGAGGGGGGAUAGUCAGGAGGGGAAAAAACACACACUGCCCCCUCCAAAACGGUGCCCAUCAAGUCGCCGUGCGCCCUGUGAGCGGCGGAUCCGAUGCCGAACCGACCAGAGGGUCUCCGAUGCAAGGUCUGGUCUAUCCCAUCUCACUUUCGCCGCCGAUCUCAAACACUCUCUUUCGCUUGCUCCCAUCUCGGUUGCUUACUGCGGCCAACUAGCGCUCCGCUCUUCGCGAAUUAGGUAGGUUCGCAUCCGUUCAGCAGCAGGAUGCCCCGAACGGGGCCUCCUUGGCUGGUGGCGUGCGCCCCACGUUGCUGGGGCUGCCCUUCCAGUUUCUCAGCUGGUCGCCACGAGGUGCCCGUUGAGGGCCGUAGAGUUGUCGCGGAAGCAAGAAACACAUCCAGGGCCACUGUGCACGUGCCUUGGGCCAUGAUCUGCAUGUACCCCCCUCCGGGACGCCUCGCUCUUGGACGCCCCCGAGUCGGCGCAUGAUACAUGAGGUGGCCUGACCGCGCGAGGAUCGAGAAGAAGGUGCGCGCUCGAUGUCGUAGCCAGCCGUGCCCCCCAACCGCACCUCACCUCCCUCCCCACGCUUGUGUCCGGCACCUCCCCCCGUUCCGAGGGGCGACGGUAGGGGGGGACAGGCUCGUGG